AUGAAGUCUAAUCCAGAUUCACCGAUUAUUUCAAUCAGUCCAAGGCAUUAUAUUCAUGUUCUGAACUUGAACACUCAUGUCACUUCACUUGUCGUUGGACCUAAAACAUAUGUUUGUCAACAGGAUGAAAAGAUCGUUCUCGGACCGGAGGAACUAAGUGUUGUCCCGGCGAUGAUGUAUUGCGUGAUUCGGAACCCUGUCGUAAAAGACAAAGAUGGUGUUCCAGUAGUCGAUAAAUUUGGACAGGUUAAAGUUCGAAUGGGUGAUGAGGAGUACCGUUUCGCCCAAGAUCCUUUCCCAUUGUAUCCAGGUGAAUCUUUGAAGGAUGUCAUUAGACCUCUCCCUGUUGUCCUCCCAAACUCAGCACUCAGGUUGCGAGCCGCCUCGGAUUUUGAAGAUGGAAAUGUCAAACGAAUAGCUGGAGAGGAAUGGUUGUUUGAAGGACCCGGCACCUAUUACCCUAGAAAAGAGGUUGAAAUUGUAAAAUACGAGCAAGCGAAGCUCAUUCUUGCCAACUCUGCCCUUGUAAUGGAGGCCAUAAAAGAUUGCAUCGAUCGCAGUGGUGUUCCUCGUGUUUAUGGUGAACGGUGGCUAGUUUCGACACCAGGCGCAUAUCUUCCUGGUGUCUAUGAGCAAAUUGUUGAGGAACGUAAAGCGAUUACACUAACCGACAGAAGAGCAAUAUGUGUCAAGGCUGUUAAAUCUCACUGUGACAAAUUCGGGAAAUAUCGCAAAGCUGGUGAAGAAUGGUUAAUUACGCAUGAAGAUGCAGAGUAUCACAUUUGCAGCGCACUUGAAGAGUUUGUGAGUGACGUUGAAGUCACAAUCUUGCAUGUCCACCAGUUUUGUGUUGUGGUCAACCCUUGGGAUGAGAACGGUGUUCCUCAGUUAGGGAGAAAACUAUUGGUUCGUGGUGAAAAGUCAUUCUUUCUGAGACCAGGAGAGUCUUUAGAAAAUGGUGUUCAGGAUGCUUAUAUUUUGCAGAACGAUGAAGGUCUUAUUCUUCGAGCUAAAGAACAGUUUGUUGACGAAAUAUGUGGGGACGGUAUAUCUGAGGAGAACUCUGCAAUGCAGAAGAAAUGUAUUCGUCGUCCUGGUGAUCGAUGGAUGCUACGUGGACCUAUCGAAUACAUACCUCCUGUCGAGGUGGAUGUGAUAGACCGUCGAAAUGUUAUUCCUCUUGAUUGUAAUGAAGGGAUAUAUGUUCGUAACACACAAACAGGACAAGUUCGCGCUGUUAUUGGUGAAGCUUAUAUGUUGAAUCAAGACGAAGAGUUAUGGGAGAAGAAACUUCCUACCGAGGUUGUUCAGUUGCUGGAAAGUAAUAUCGAUCCAAUUGCUGACCGUGGAGUUCGAUCUUUUCAAGAAUCUGUUGACCGUCUUGACCCAACUCGUGUAGUUACUUUCCGUGUCCCACACAACGCUGCAGUUCAAAUCUAUGACUAUAAAAAUAAAAGGGCAAGAGUCGAGUUUGGACCGAAUUUAGCCAUGUUAGGGCCGGAUGAACAAUUUACUCGUUUGAGUUUGAGUGGUGGAAAACCGAAGAAGCCGAAUGUAAUUAAAAGUCUAUGUUUACUGUUAGGUCCAGACUUUUGUACGGAUGUUGUAAUUGUUGAGACUGCAGAUCAUGCUCGUCUAUCUUUACAGUUAUCGUAUAAUUGGGUUUUCGAUGUCUCUCCUUCAUGCAGUGCAGCUGAUGCUGCUAAAUUGUUCUCAGUGCCUGAUUUUGUUGGGGACGCUUGUAAAGCCAUUGCAUCUCGUGUUCGUGGUACAGUUGCAUCUGUUCAAUUCGAUGAUUUCCAUAAGCACUCAUCACGAAUUAUUCGCGCCUCCGUAUUCGGAUUGGAUGAAGCUGGAAAGGUUCGAGAUCGAAUAGUUUUUCCUCAAAAUAAUCUGCAUAUUACAAGCGUGGAUGUGCAGUCUGUGGAGCCAGUGGAUCAACGAACUCGAGAUUCCUUACAGAAGUCAGUUCAACUCGCCAUUGAGAUAACGACCAACUCGCAAGAAGCAGCUGCGCGUCAUGAGGCCGAAAGACUCGAACAGGAAGCGAGGGGUCGGUUGGAACGUCAGAGAAUUGAGGAUGAAGCAGCUGCUGAACAGGCCAGACGUAAUUUGCUUGAAAUUCGAGUUCAACUAGCUGCGCUAGAGAGUAGUAGCCAAGCGAAAGCUGAAGCAGAGAGUCGAGCUGAAGCCAAUCGUAUUUCCAGUCAAGCUGCAGUGGAAGAAUCUAAGCUGCGUGCAGAAGCUUUAUCUAUUGAAACAAAUGCAGAACUAGAAAGACUCAAAUUGGCUCGAUCUGCAGAGAUCGCUUAUAUCAAGGAAAAGAAUGAAUUAGCUCUUAAGUAUAAAGCAGACGAAACAGAAAUUGAGAAAUCACGUUUCAUUUCAAUGGUGAAUGCAUUAGGUGCAGAUACUCUACGUGCAAUGUCAACAGCUGAAUCAGAUCACAAUCUGCGCAUGUUAAGCGCUUUAGGUUUACAAAGUACUUUGAUUACGGACGGGACGGCACCAGUGAAUUUGUUAACUACUGCUCAUGGUUUAAUCGGUUCAGUGUUUGA